AUGUGUGAGUCGUGCUGGCAACAUGCGCACGUCGACCUUAACAAUAAUAACGAACACCGUCCUAUGGUUCGCUCGCCGCCUGUUCGAGCUCGCUUUACAACGAACAACCCUUCAAUGCAAAAAGAACGGGAAGCUUCAAGUGGGUAUUCAACUCGAAUAAGGCUGAAAAUUGUGAAAAAACCGAGUUCAUUAAGAAGAGAAAUGUAGAUGGUACCGUCUAGUUAACUCACUUCCCAUAACUCCAAUUUCGCUGCUCGAAUCGAUGAUAUGGUGUUCCGUCAAUACUAUUCACCAGACAAUUCUCGAUAUCGUGCUCGACUCUCCCAUUGCGCAGUAUUCUGUGCCAAAUCAGGAACUCUUGGCCGAUUAUUGAAGCGUCAAGAGUACAGCUGUGGGCGCCAAGGAAGGAGGGGUUUAUAAGUGCUUCUAACCAUAUCAAUGAAUCAUGUGUCAUGUUGCAUAUGGUCGUCAAUUUUUCCGGAGCACAGCAAACGAUUCUUUUGA